UGCUUCCUGUUGGGUUGUCACAAGAUAAAGCGACCCCUCUCUGUCUCUGUCUCUAUUAGAUUUCCUUUGACACGUUUGCCUUCACCUGUAACAGGAGCGACUAGAAGAGUCCUGCACGCAAAGAGCUAGCUCUAACAGUUUCUCCCUAAUCCUCUCGAAAUGUCUUACAAUCCAGAAUAUGAUUAUCUUUUCAAACUUUUACUCAUUGGUGACUCAGGUGUAGGCAAAUCUUGUCUUUUGUUACGAUUUGCUGAUGACACAUAUACUGACAGUUAUAUCAGUACUAUUGGGGUAGAUUUUAAAAUUCGGACGGUCGAAUUGGACGGAAAGACAAUAAAACUACAAAUCUGGGACACGGCAGGUCAAGAGAGAUUCAGAACUAUCACGUCCAGUUAUUACAGAGGAGCUAAUGGUAUCAUUAUAGUCUUUGACGUCACUGAUCAGGAGUCAUUCUCAAAUGUUAAAGUUUGGCUGCAAGAGAUUGACCGAUAUGCUAGCACUAACGUAUGUAAGCUAAUGGUUGGGAACAAAUGUGAUCUGACCAACAAGAAAGUCGUGGACUUUACUACAGCAAAAGAAUUUGCCGAUCAGCUAAGCAUACCAUUUUUGGAAACAAGUGCCAAGAACGCCACAAAUGUAGAGCAAGCCUUUAUGACGAUGGCAGCCGAGAUAAAGAAGGUACAAGGAAACGAACCUGCUCCGGGCGGUGGUGGUGGAACAAACGUGAAGAUCACACAAUCCCAACCAAUAAAGGAUAAACCGAAUAGCGGUGGUGGGUGUGGCUGUUAACUGGGCGGGGCAGGUCCAGUUAUUGCCUACUAUCUACCGAAAUGCCCAUUUGUUAAGCUGUGUCAAUGUAGAGAACUAUAUUAUUAUUAUUAUUAUUAUUAUUUAAUAAUUGUUAUUAUUAUUGUUAUUAUUAUUAUUAUUCACAUAAAUUUUGUUUGUGUUAGGAGCUUAUUAAUUUGUGUAUGAUAUGUGUGUGUUUUUUGUCCCUCUCUUUCUCUCUCUCUGCUUGAAUUUUAAUAUGUAUUAAGUAAGCAACUGCAUGUACAUGUGUAAGAGGAGGAAAAAGAAAGAGAGGGAGGAAAUGCUGUUCUUUCAUGGUUGGUUUUGAUCCUCUCACUCGUCCCAAGUCUCCUUUACUCAUUUUAUUAUUAAUAAACUCUCUAUUGUAAUGCUCUUUCCAACAUUAUUCUUUGUAAAAAUCUUAAGGCCGUUAUAUUAUUUCUUAUGAUAAAUUUAUAAUGCUCAA